GUAGGCUUGUGGGGUUAUAGUGGAACUAAUCAAAAGCAAGAAGAUGGCUGGCAGAGCUGUGCUGUUGGCAGGACCUCCUGGAACUGGCAAGACUGCUUUGGCUUUAGCUAUUGCUCAGGAACUGGGAAGUAAAGUUCCCUUUUGUCCUAUGGUUGGAAGUGAGGUCUAUUCCACUGAGAUCAAGAAAACAGAAGUUCUGAUGGAAAACUUCAGACGUGCAAUUGGGUUGAGGAUUAAAGAGACCAAGGAGGUUUAUGAAGGAGAAGUCACAGAACUAACUCCAUGCGAGACUGAAAAUCCUAUGGGUGGGUAUGGCAAAACCAUCAGCCAUGUAAUUAUAGGACUCAAAACUGCAAAGGGAACCAAACAGUUGAAGCUGGACCCAAGCAUAUUUGAAAGCUUGCAGAAGGAGCGAGUGGAAACUGGUGACGUUAUUUAUAUUGAAGCAAACAGUGGAGCCGUCAAGAGGCAAGGCAGGUGUGAUAUCUAUGCUACGGAAUUUGACCUUGAAGCUGAAGAAUAUGUUCCCUUGCCAAAGGGUGAUGUGCACAAGAAAAAGGAAAUUAUUCAGGAUGUCACCCUGCAUGAUUUGGAUGUGGCCAAUGCUCGACCUCAGGGUGGGCAAGACAUCCUUUCUAUGAUGGGACAAUUGAUGAAGCCUAAGAAAACUGAAAUUACUGAGAAACUUCGAGGAGAGAUAAAUAAGGUGGUAAAUAAAUACAUUGAUCAAGGCAUUGCAGAGCUAGUCCCAGGUGUACUCUUUGUAGAUGAAGUUCACAUGCUGGAUAUUGAAUGUUUCACAUACCUGCACCGAGCACUGGAAUCUUCCAUUUCUCCCAUUGUCAUCUUUGCUUCCAAUCGAGGAAACUGCGUUAUCAGAGGCACGGAGGAUGUAGUGUCUCCUCAUGGUAUACCACUGGACCUGCUGGAUAGAGUGAUGAUUAUCCGAACCAUGCUGUAUACACCCCAAGAAAUGAAGCAGAUCAUAAAACUUCGUGCUCAGACAGAAGGAAUUAAUAUUAGUGAAGAAGCUCUAAACCAUUUAGGGGAAAUCGGUACCAAGACAACCUUAAGGUAUGCGGUGCAGUUACUGACCCCAGCUAACCUGCUUGCCAAGAUUAAUGGGAAAGACAGCAUUGAGAAAGAGCAUAUUGAAGAAAUAAAUGAACUUUUCUAUGAUGCCAAAUCCUCAGCAAAAAUCUUGGCUGAUCAACAGGAGAAGUACAUGAAAUGAAAAGCUUAUCAUAUUAGAUGCUUCCAAGUGGCUUUAAACCUUAGCCAGGGCUGGCUUAAUUACUGAAUGAGAAGUGUUAAUGGUUUGUCUCUUUUGGGACUGAAAAAUAUUUAAAUGUUGGACUGCUUUGUCAGGCCACAAUUAACUAUUAUGUGCUCCUAUUUCAUCAUCAACAGUGAGGUGUUCCAUGAUGUCUGUGUAACAGUGUAGUCUCCCUUUUAUGAGUAUAUAUGAAUGAAUAACUCCCGACCCAUCGGUUUUGUCUUUAGAUUUCAUUACAGAAGAGCUCUAACUGAAGUUGAUACUUAAAAACAGUCUAUUUUCUUUAUGAAUGUUGUUUUAAAAUAGUUUCCUUUUACAGAUGAGAACUUUUUUUUGAAUCAAAGUUUGUCUGAAGUGCUUUAUAAUAAAAUAUUUCAAGAAUAUUGGAA